CCGGAAGUGCCCACAAAGCUUAGCGGCAUGUGGUUGCCUGGCGGGAUAUAUCAGGAAUUAAAACGGGAGAAAGUUCACAUUUUGUUGUACAUACACCGACUGUGUUGGAAAUAAUUCGUUUGGGUGUAUCGCGAUUUCCCAGAGAUGCCUUCUUCAGUGGGCCUUAGCAGCCCCGCUGCUGCCUUGCAGGAGGCUCUGGAGAAUGCUGGCCGCCUAACUGACAGACACCUGCAAGAGGACCGUUGCUUUCCCGACCUGUCGGAGCUGCUUAAUGUACCAGCACACAACAUGCCCUCCCUCUCUGGAGUGUCAGACAUGGACUACCCGCUGCAGGGUCCAGGGCUGGUCAACGUUCCCAGUUUGCCAGAGCUAAGUCCCUACAAGAGGGUCCCUCUUCCCCCAGAGCUUGUGGAGCAGUUUAGCCAUAUGCAGUGCAACUGCAUGAUGGGAGUGUUCCCAGAGAUCAGCAGGGCUUGGCUCACAAUCGACAACGACAUCUUCAUGUGGAACUAUGAGGAUGGGGGAGAUGUAGCCUAUUUUGAUGGCCUGAGUGAAACGAUCCUAUCUGUAGGGCUGGUUAAGCCAAAGCCAGGGAUAUUCCAGCCACACAUCCAUUUCCUGUUGGUGUUGGCUACUCCUGUGGAUGUGGUGAUCCUGGGCCUCAGCUUCCCCAAGAAUCAGUCCGCACUGAAUGACAGCCUGUCUGGAGCAAUGCAGCUGCUGCCCGACCCCCUUUACUCCAUCCCCACUGACAACACCUACCUGCUGGCCAUCACCUCCACCCAGCAGGGCCGCAUCUUCAUGGCGGGCCGCGACGGAUGCCUGUACGAGGUGGCCUACCAGGCGGAGGCGGGCUGGUUCAGCCAGCGCUGCCGGAAGAUCAACCACUCCAAGAGCAGCCUGUCCUUCCUGGUGCCCUCUGUGCUGCAGUUCUCUUUCUCCGAGGAUGAUCCCGUAGUCCAGAUUGCCAUAGAUGACUCGCGCAAUACCCUGUACACGCGCUCAGAGAAGGGGGUUCUGCAGGUUUAUGACCUUGGAAUUGAUGGACAGGGAAUGAGUCGCGUGGCAGCCAUGUCCCAGAAUGCUGUUGUGGCAGCCGCCGGAAACAUUGCCAGGACCAUCGACCGUUCUGUCUUUAAACCCAUCGUCCAGAUUGCUGUGAUUGACAGAUCAGAAUCUUCAGACUGCCAUCUGCUGGCUGUCAGUCAUGCUGGUGUUCGCCUCUACUUCAGCACUACUCCCUUUGCUCCACCCAGCGCCAAGCACGCCUCCGCCCGGCCCAGUCUGCUGGCGCUGGUCCACGUCCGUCUCCCGCCAGGCUUUUCUGCCUCCUCCACCCUGCAGAAACCCGCUAAAAUCCAUAAGGCCCUCUACAGGAAAGGAGUGCUUCUUAUGGCGGCGUCAGAGACUGAGGACAGUGAUGUCCUCUGGUGCAUCAACCACGACUCUUUCCCCUUCAAGAAGCCCCUGAUGGAGGCCCAGAUGAUGUCUGCGGUGGACGGCCACUCAUGGGCACUGUGUGCCAUAGAGGAGGAGCCUGCGCCAAAGAUGGUCACGGCCCUCAACAAGGACCUGGUGCCCCUCACCGCCUCACCUGUGGUGGUCCAGCAGCACAACAUCCCCCCAAGCAAAUUUGUGCUCCUCUCCGCUAAGGGCAGUCACAUCUUCCACAAAUUGCGACCUGUGGACCAACUACGCCAUCUGCUGGUUAGCAGCGGCGGUGGUGAGAGCGAGGAGAUUGAGCGCUUCUUCAAGCUGCACAGGGAAGAGCAGGCAUGUGCUACAGGUCUGAUUCUAGCCUGCUCCAGUGCAGCCUGUGACAGAGAGGUGUCCAUAUGGGCUACGCGUGCCUUCUUCAGGUACGGAGGAGAGGCUCAGAUGCGCUUCCCCUCCUCUCUGGCUGCUCCCAGUAAUGUGGGCCCGCUGAUGGGCUCCCCUAUGCCAGGAUCUCCAGGGCCUAUGGGCAGCUCGCUCCCAAGCUUCUUAGCCACCCCUGCCCCAGGUAUGCCUGUGAUGGCGUCCACCCCAUAUAUGCCCAUGGGUGUUGGGAGCGUUCCUGUUUCCACAGUUACAUCUGGGCCUGAGGUCAUCUUUUCUGGCAAACACAAUGGCAUCGCCAUCUAUUUUACCCGUAUACUAGGUAAUCUUUGGGAUGGCAGCAUGGCGGUUGAGACAUCCAUCAGUAAAGGAAACCAAACCGUCAGUAUUAUGGAGAGCUCUGCCAGCUCUGCUGAUCUGGAGGCCGUGCUGCUGGAGCUCCGGGGACUGAAAGAGUUCCUGGACAAGAACUCUCAGUUCAGUCCUAACUCACUGGGGACUCCUAGUUUCAGUUCUCCAGCCAACCUGCAGCAGAGGCUGAUGGGAGUGAUGCGUCCAGACGGGGCCAUCUCCCAUCAGGCCCAGCAGGAGCUCCAGAGGAAGUCCCACACGGAGGCCCAGGCCUGUGAGAAGGCGUCCCUGCAGGGUAUUCAGCAGCUGGUUCACCGCUGCUUCCAGACGCUGGCCCUGUGGAAGCUGCUGUGUGAGCACCAGUUCAGCCUCAUCAUCGCAGAGCUGCCAAAGGACUUCCAGGAGCAGAUGAAGGGCAUCAGCUUUAAGGAGGUGGUAACGCGCGGGCGAGAGCUGACCGGCGCCCUUAUUACAGCCCUCAUAAACGUCUACAUCAAAGACAGCGCCUCAGUGGACCCCAUCAGCGCCCACCUGAGGGACAUCUGCCCCCUCCUCUACAGCAGCGAUGACAGCAUCUGCUCCAAGGCGAAUGAGCUGCUGCAGGGCUCCAGGCAGCUGCAGAAUAAGACGGAAAGAGAGCGCGCUCUCAAAGAGUCCCUCCGUCUCUACCAGCUCAUCAGCCACAACACAGACCUGCCACUGGUUUGCUCCCAGUACCGCCAGGUGCGGUUCUACGAGGGUGUGGUGGAACUCUGUCUGACUGCAGCAGAGAAGAAGGACCCCCAGCGGCUGGGCCCCCACUUCUACAGGCACGGGGAGCCGGAGGAGGACGUGGCCGGCCAGCUGGCCUUCCAGGAGAGGCUGCUGUGUUACAAGUGUGUGACGGACACCAUGCAGGAUCUGGUGAACCAGAGCAAAGCUGCACCACAGUCCCCAAGCGUCCCCAAACAGCCCGGGCCCCCAGUCAUGACGUCUGACCCCAACAUGCUGAGUAACGAAGAUGCAGCCAAUCACUUUGAGCAGAUGCUUGGCCUGGCUCAAAGGUCUCAAGAUGAGCUGUUCCACAUCGCCCUCUACAACUGGCUCAUCCAGGCAGACCUCACCGACAAGCUGCUGGAGGUGAACUCUCCCUACCUUGAGGAUCACCUGAUGCACAUCAUCAAACAAGACCUGAACAAAGUACGCAACAUGGACCUGCUGUGGCGCUAUUACGAAAAGAGCCGCAACUUUGGCAAGGCAGCCCACGUCCUGGCCCGGCUUGCAGACAUGCACAGCACAGAGAUCUCUCUGAGACAGAGGCUGGAGUACAUCUCCAGGGCCAUCCUCUCAGCCAAGAGUUCGUCCUGCACCUCCUCCCAGGGGGCCGACGGCGAGUUCCUGCAUGAGUUGGAGGAGAAGAUGGAGGUUGCUCGGAUCCAGGUUCAGAUCCAGGACAUGCUGAGCAGACGCCACUCUCAGCAUCCUUCAGCGCAGGCUGCCAUUGCCCAACUUGAUUCAGAGCUGAUGGACAUCACCAAGCUUUACGGGGAGUUUGCUGAUCAUUUCCAUCUGUCUGAGUGCAAGCUGGCCAUCAUCCACUGCGCCGGCCACUCCGACCCCAUCCUGGUGCACUCGCUGUGGCAGGAGAUCAUGGAGAAAGAGCUGGUUGACAGCUCAGCCAUGAGCCCAGCCGACCGCAUGAGGGCCCUCAGUCUGAAGCUGGUGUCUCUGGGAAAGACGUACGCUGGGACGCCGCGCUAUUUUCCACUAGAGUUCCUGGUGAAGUUCUUGGAGCAGCAGGUGUGUGGUCUGGGCUGGGACGUUGGCUUCGUCACCUUCACCAUGCUUGAGAUCGGAGUGCAGCUGCCUCGCCUACUGGAAGUCUACGACCAGCUCUUCAAAACCAGGGAUCCAUGCUGGCAGCGUCUAAAGAAACCGCUGCAUCUGGUGGAGUGCAUUCAUGUGCUGCUCUCAGGCUAUGUGGAUGACCCUAGUCGGGUGCCCACCUACGACAGGCGGAGGUUCACCAACGUGUGUCUGGACAACAUCUGCGGUUACCUUGUGGAGCUGCAGUCUCUGAGCCCUAAUGCUGCCCUUCAGCAAAUCAUAGGCAACUUCAAAUCUCUCCAGGCCAAGCUGGAGAAGGUGCACUGAGCACCCAGUCAGUCUGGGUCAAGUGUGCUGGUCAAGAAGCUCUUAUGAACUGAAAUCAUAGCCCAAAUCUCUUACAUUUUGCUGUGUGUGCAUUUAUUUACCUCUUUCAAAUGGCUGAUAUAUUUUUGGAAUUUGUCCCACAAGCGGAUAGAUUUUGUGGUACCUCUGGACAAGUGUGCAUCCUCAGGAUCUUUGCCCACAGCAUCGUCUGUGCUUGUGCUGAGGCUUGCAUUCCCUUCUGUGUGUAAACCACAAAGCAUCUACUACAUUUUAACUCAGAAAAUACAAUAUAUUGUGCCAUCAAGGAAUAAAUUAAGGUGCUUCACUUUUGCCUGGAAGACAUGAGUGUCUGUCCUGUACUGAAGAUGGGACUGUUUGUCAGGGGUCUGCUGUGUGGAUGGACACGGAAGGGAGCAAAAAUCCAACCUUUGCCACAUCUAUUGGUUUCUACUGCUGGUGGGACAUCUAAGAUAACAAGAAGUUAAAUCAGAACAGACGUUUAACCGUGUGCGUGUGUGAGCGAGUGAGCAAGAGUGAGUGAGAGGAAGUGUGAAGCUUAUUUAAGUUGUAAAAGUAUGUGGAUCUGUAAACACUGUCCUAUUAAAAAACAAGCCUGUGUGUCUGAUCAGUGAGAUGAAUGCAUGAAAAUAUGGGUGUGUUUCAUAAUCCCAUAAUUUCAGUUUUACUGUUUUCUCAGAAGAAUGGAGUUUAAACUUCUUUUGCCGGUAGUACAGCCUGGGUAAAGAGAUAGUACUGGCCUGUUUUUGUCGACUAGUCCUCAGACCCUACAAGAUAAAGGAUUUCUCUCUCCUAAAGGUCUUUGCAAAUAUGAUUUUUUGGUCUGGUUGUCAAGUGGGUCUUACUCCACUCCGAUGCUAAGGUGAUGUGCACUUCACUGAAGAAUGUAUUUCUACCGAUCUAAAAAAAAGACUAAAGCAGACUUUGUAUUCAUACAUUGGUCUGCACUGAAUUUUUAUAUCUGACAAAUGUUUUUUUUUUUUUUUUACAUAAUGUGUCAAAGAAAACUUUGAAUUACGUUUUGUGUUCUAAUCUUUGUAUGCUGGUGGUGAAGAAGAAUAAAUUAAAUUCUGAUCAUACUGAAACA